AUGGCCUCUGUCAGCUCACAAACCGCCUCUCCGCACUCCUCCUCGCCAUACGACUUCGACUCGACCGGUGACACGGACGAAUCAUGGCAAUACAUUGACUACUCUAGCGGCGCAUCCGUCACCGGAUCAAUAGGCUUCCUGCCCAGCCCUGCGAGCGGCAGCUUGAACGGCUUCACAAUCGUCGGCCAUGUUUCCACGCCGUCGCAGGGAGGGCUUUCGCCGGGAUCCUUGGUGGACAUGGAUCCCGGCGUCUUUCUCCCUGCCAGCACCACCACCACCACCACGACGUAUCAACCAGAAACCGAGUUUGUAACGGCAGACUUGUUCUCAAGCGGCGUUGGGACAUUGUCAGGCGGCAGCGCGGAGGCAAGCUUCACGCAGGGCGAUGCGUUCAUGACGCCGCAGCAGUAUCUAUUUAUGCCGUCUGGUGCAACGGCAGAUCUCCAGACGCAACAGCUCAAUGGUGGGUUGAAUCUUGGCCCCUUUAUGAGCGACUUCCAAGUCGACGACUCCUUUUCGAUGAUGAACCAGACGAGUCGUCCGGUGCCACAGCAGAAUGCCCUCCAAUCGCUGCCGUCGGAUCCAAGCAUGUCGCCGUGGAAUCAAACAAGCCCCGGCCUCUCUGGUCACGAAAGCAAGUUUGUGUUUGAGGAAGUCAUCUCCUCACCGAGCCAGCUGAGCACCACGUCCUCGAGCCCAAAGUCGCCCGCCGUCAAGUCCGAGGGGAGCAGCAGCAGCAGCAGCAGCAGCAGUAGCAGCAGUAGCAGGCCCGGAAAGUCGAUACGCAAAGUCAUUGGCGGCAAAGUCGAAAAGACCAAGAGCGCAGAGCCGUCCAGCAGCAAGUUUGUCAUUGUCACGCCGACGACCAUCAGCGCCCGCGCCGGCAAGCCGAAUCCGUAUGAGUGCUUCGAGGCGAUGAGGACGACGCAAAAGGGGCGCAAGGGGCCCCUGGCGAACGAGACCAAGGAGAGCGCGCUGCAGGUCCGGAGGGUGGGCGCGUGCUUCUGCUGCCAUAGCCGCAAGGUCAAGUGCGACAAGGAGAGGCCGUGCAAGCACUGCAAGAAGCUGAUGCUUCAGGUGCCGCAGGUGGUGUGCUGGCAGUUUCAAGAUUUCCUGCCGGUUCUAUUUCCAAAUUUCAUCCGCGGGCACUUUAAGAAGGAUGCCAUGGCUGGAUUCAUACGCGACAACGUUGAAGGUUUCACGGUCAAUGGGGUCGAGCAGUUGUGUAAUGUCGAGCUGUCUUCGGGUCCACGGUUUGCGACCACGUUGACGCUGCAAGCCAAGUUCUUCACGGCCAAGACGUGCGACGUUCUGCAGCACUGGCACUUGAGCACUGGCGAGGAUCGCGUCAAUCUCCAGUCUCGGGGGUCGGCGCCGAUUGGCAUCGAAAUCAACAAGGGCCCUCUGAGGGACGAGAUGAAGAAGCUGACCAAGGGAUAUGUGCAAGCCCUUGUGAACGAGCCGCUUCUUGCGGACCAGUUGACGGACUCGUUCAAGUCUACCAGGUUGCCCGCCAAGAUUCUUUCCAUCGUCCAGAUCUUUGCUCAGAAAUCCGAUUCAACGAUGGUGAAACGGGCUCUUUCAAUAUACACCAUGCACUACGUGAUGACUCGCCAUCUCUGCUUAACCCGUCAAUCGAUCCUCGCCCUCCAGCACACCGGGCUCGUCCCUCAAAACACACCCUGGGUCACUCCCCGAGUCCUCGCGCGGCAGAUCAAGUCCCUCAUCGACGAGCUCAUCCUGCGCGACAUGCAGCAACUCUUCGAGCUCUUCUCCAAGUCACUCAAGCCAAAGCUUCGGCGAGAAUGGGCGCCCUGUCUCGCCUCGUUCCUGGUCCUCUGUCUGUUCAUGGAGGCCGUCGAGACGGCUGCGGACAACUUUGUCGUGUCACAGAACGAGGUCGACCUCAGGAACACAUGUGACCCCAAGUACAAGAGAUCGCUUGCUCUGGAUACCUGCAAGGAGCUGGAGAACAUGCCCUUUAAGCAGUUUGCGUAUCAGUUCCAUCAUCUCUAUCAGACGCAUACAAAAGAUGCGAACACGAGGAGUUUCAAUCCUUUGUUUGACGAUAGCUUUGUCGAGCAGGGAGAGCUUGAUUCCGCGGCGGUGGAGAUGGUGCAGAGCUUGAGAGAGCUCUUCCAUGGAGAAGAUUGGCAAGACAUGCAAUUCCUUGCUGACGAUGAGCUCUUGCUGCAUAGAGAGGAGCAUCCGUAUCCUGUGGAUACGUCGUUUCUUUAUACCGGGCGGCUGGUGGCCAAGUUUUUGCUGUCAUUCACCAACGAGAGCGUCAUCUUUGCCAGUAAGAUCUGA